GCGUCUUUUGGUCUUUGCAUAGGAGGCCUUCCAGGUAAGCGGGGAUGUUGCUCGCGGGGUUGUGACUGCCUCUACCCCUCUGCGGGCGGGACGACGUCAUCGGCCGUCGCAACCCUCCACGUACCGCAGUGACCUGCCUCAACUCACAUGUAAGCCACCAGCCAAGAUAGUUUAUAAACAGCCCAUUGUCCUGCUCUUGUUGCCUGCCUGGUUAACUACUCAUCACACUAUCGAUCCAUCAAACUACCAAAGACUCUUAAACUAAACCACCCAAGUAAUCAAACACCAGUCAAAAUGGCCGACAAGGUUAAGGAACUCGUCAACAACAUCACCAAGGGUGACAACUCCGACAAGGAGAAGGAGUUCAGCACUCAACCCAUCAAGGAGGGUGGCGUCGACCCCAAGUUUGCUGCUCACCAAGCGCACCCCGGCCCUGCCGUUCCCAAGGACUUCAACGCCCAAGAGGAGGGAACUAAGGAGGAGCGCCGAGCCAAGGCGGAGGCUUUGAACAAAUAAACCAACACGACAAUCAGGCAGCAUUAAAUGUGAUGCAUGGCCUUGUAUGACCAAUUACGAAUUGUAGACUAUGGGCAACGGCGAUGGAAACGGACCAACAAGCAAGGAGACUCGGGAAUUGGCCGGUGGAUAAAGUCAUCUUAAUACUGCCAAUGAAUUCAUGAAUCAAAUCCCACAUAACCUGACACCUUUGGCCUGGCCUGGGUUCCCUUGGCCAUCAAAAAUUGCGCUGUCAUAGACAGUUUGAAACGUUGCGUGCAAUGCCUUUCUAGCAUAUUCACCUGCAGUGUGGUCAGAACGGAUCGGAGGGAGUAGGUAGGUAUU